CGGACUCGGAGCUUUCUAAGUAAAGAGUCUUUCUACCUGUGCUCACUUGCGACUGUGAAAGUGAAGUGAAACCAUCAUCAAUUAGCGUCACACCUUCACCCAUGGACACACCAAUUCCAAGUUUCUUCAGAAUCAUUCUUCCUUCCAUGCUUGAGAAAAAGAAGCUGAAGCUGCCCCUGAAGUUCGUCAAAAUGCACGGAGCUGAACUCGCGUCGACCGCUGCACUUACCUCACCGAACGGCAGAGUGUGGAAGGUCGGCGUGGAGAAGGUAACGAGAGACAACGAGGAGAUCUGGUUGGGCGACGGUUGGGCUGAGUUUGUGGCGCACCACUCCAUUUUGGCAGGAUUCUUUGUGGUGUUUGAGUACCAGGUGGGCCGCUCUGCCUUCACGGUCAGCAUCUUCGAUUUCACCACUUGCUCAAUCGAUUACCCUAAGAUUGAGCAGUUUGAUGAGGAGACUGGUUCUCCUCAUUGCAUCGUCAUUUCCUCCGACGAAGAAGGGGAUUGCGAACCCAGAGCAAGAAACAAGCUCCGAUCCAGAAGGCGGCAAACCGCCGAUCCCAUGACCCCUGAGAUUAAGGAAACGCUGGAGUUUCUGGAAGCAACCGGGAUUGCGACGAGUUCCGGGUUCCACCACAGGUUACCCAUGAUCUACCGACUCUGCAAGAAGGGAAUCGAGGAAGCAAUAGCGUGCAAGCCCGAAGACCGUCCUUGCUUCAUCGCCGUGCUCAACUCUAAUCAUAUUCGUGGGAGCACCAGGACCAUAAUACCAACUCGUUUCGGAAGAGAGCAUAAGAUUCAGAGAAGCUGCAGCAGGAGUGGGAUUCUGGAGGUGUGCAAUGGGGAAAAUGCAGGUGAGCAGUGGAAGGUGGAGUUGGCGAGGAACGGGUCAGGGCAAGAUAUGUUUAUGGGGAAGGGAUGGGUAAAGUUCAUGGAAGACAACAAUUUGGGAGAGGGAGAUGUGUGCCUUUUUCAGCUGCUCUCUUCGGAGGAUCCGGUGAAGAUGGACGUGUCCAUCUUUCCAGCCCAGCCCAGCCCAGUGAAUUGGUAGAAUAGGUAUCAAUAUGGGCUAAGCAUACUAUAUGGGCUUAUAUUUUGUUGAUGAUGCUGUCUUUGUCUUAAAAUUAGGUCGAACAUGAACAUGUGGAUCCCAUCCCUUGAGGUGAAUAUCAGAAUAUGGCCACCUAGCUACCUCUUGUGUUCUUUGCGUUGGUUGUCAAUUGGUUGUCAAUUGUCCCUAAAGAAAAGGUCAAAGAAAAAAACAUGAAUCCUCCUCUCAACCCCCCUCCCCUCCUUGUCCUUCUGCCCAAUCCUUCUCACCCUUCUGUAUCCUCUUCUUCUAGCCAAUAUCUAAUCUCCCAUUUCUCUAGAACUUCUACAGCUACCAUAUAUGGAGCCUUCAUUAUCGAAACUCUGCAUACCUGCAACGCAAUAAAGAGGAAACCAGUGUAUCUCCAGAAAGUGCAGGGGAAGAUACGCCUCUUUGAAGAAGGGUCUCUCCCAAGUCAAUCCAGAUCCAAUAGGAGAAGAGAUGGAGCAGUAGGAAAAAUCAGGGGAACCACCAAUCCGCCGCCCAAACCCCCUGAGAAGCAAUCAAUCAACAAGAAGGGGAGUAAAUUCACAGCUGGUAAAGAAGGGUCAGGCAAUAAAGGUUGUAAAGCAGG